CUCCCGGUGUUCAUAGUCAAGGCUUGCUUUAACCUAAGAAGACUCUAACCCAGGAAUAUUUACUGAGAAAGCGAAGUUAAACUGAUACACACUACAAUGUAGCAUAAACCCACGAGGUGGAAUUUAAUUGAAUAACUCUGGGUCGAAUGUUUUUACCGUUGUUGUGACAGGACACAUUUCCUUUUGUCCUCGGUAGUAUUUGACAACCUUUGGUGGCCAACCACCUCAACACAUUUGACACAGACAGUAGCCCAUUUGUCGCGUGGUGUGAGGACAGUUGGUCGGAGGACUUCGUAAAAUAUUCCUACAACUUCACUUGGGAGAAAAAGCCUGAAAUAACUGAUAAAGGCUCCCGUUUGGUCAAUGGGAUGUUAGUGGUCUGGAGACGUACCAGGACUGAAGGAGCAUGGUGAAGCACCAACCCCUGCAGGUUUACGAGAGGCAACUGUGUUUGUCAUGUCUCACAGGGAUCUAUGGGUGCCGCUGGAAACGGUACCAGCGGUCACAUGAUGACACCACCAAGUGGGAGUUCCUGUGGUCUCUCAUCCUCUUCUUCACUUUCUCUCUGCUCCUGGUCUGGUUCUACUUCUGGUGGGAGGCACACAACGACUACAAUGAGUUCAACUGGUUUUUAUAUAACCGCUCUGGGGAGUGGAGCGAUGGGACCGUUCCAAUCCUGGCCACUACCGCUGCCGGCUUCACUUAUAUUGCAUUUUUAAUGAUUUUAGCACUUUGCCACAUAGCAGUGGGACAACAGCUAAACUUGCACUGGCUGCACAAGAUAGGAGUGAGUACUGCCUUGCUGACCACUGCCAUCGGAUUCAUAUCUGUCAAUCAAACAUGGGGAGAAGAGUGGGCAGUCAUCCCUAUAUCACUCCAGGCCACAGGUCCCUUCCUACACCUAGGAGCUCUGGUGGCUGUCACCGCUCUGGCCUGGCUGGUGGCUGGGCAGGUCGCCCGCACAGAGAAAACAAGGUUCCAGGUGGUGGUUCUCCUGCUCUACCUGAGUGUUCUACUAGGCCUCUACAUGGCCCCCCUCUCCAUCACCUCCCCCUGCAUCAUGGACCACGCCAACCUCACACCACGGCCUGACGUCAUUGGCCACCAGGGCGCCCCCAUGCUGGCCCCAGAGAACACCAUCCUGUCCUUCCAGAGGGCUCUGCAGAUGAACGUCAGUGGGCUGGAGGCUGACGUGGCCAUCAGCCUUGACGGGAUACCAUUUCUGAUGCGAGACCGCACCUUGAGGAGGACUACAGAUGUGGGGAAGGUGUUUCCAUCCAGACAGCUGGAUGAUGCCUCCUCCUUCAACUGGACAGACUUACACAGCCUCAACGCCGGCCAGUGGUUCCUCAAGGACGACCCCUUCUGGACGGUCCAGUCCAUGGCUCAGAGGGAGGUGAUGCUGGUGGGGAACCAGAGUGUGUGUAGUCUGGAGCAGCUGCUGAGGCUAGCCACCCCGCAUAACCACACAGUGGUGUUCAACCUUCGCAGACCCCCGCACGGACACCCCUGCUACCACAGCUGGAUCAACGAUACCCUGGAGGUCAUACGCCUGUCUGGGAUUCCACAGCACCUGGUGAUGUGGACCCCAGACUGGGACAGGGGGCAGGUAAGACAGGUGGCUCCAGGGCUUCAGCAGACGUCAGUAGAGAAGCUGCCUCCUCAGGUCCUUCACCAGCAGGGAAUCAGCAGACUACUGCUACGUUACAGCCAGGCCAGUCCCUAUGACAUCCGAGAGUUCUCCAGGAGCAACGUGAGUGUGACUCUGUACACGGUCAACGAGCCCUGGCUGUUCUCUGUGCUCUGGUGCAGCGGCGUCUCCUCUGUCUCCUCUGAAGCCCCCAACAUCCUCAAAAAGGUGCCUUACCCCAUCUGGCUCAUGAGUCCAGAUGAAUACUGUCUGAUCUGGGUCGCCGCUGAUCUCAUCUCCUUCACUGUAGUAAUAGGUAUCUUUGUAUUCCAAAACUAUCACAUUAUCAGGUGGAGGUUGAGUGGCAUGCGCAGCUACAACCCUGAACAGAUCAUGCUGAGUGCCGCAGUCCGGAGGUCCAGCAGAGACGUCAACAUCAUGAAGGAGAAACUAAUCUUCUCCGAGGUGAGCAAUGGUGUGGGCAGUGCUGAGGACCUGUACAUGGAGAAUGGCUUCGACUACUACAACAACGAAGGCAUCUGCCAUUGACUCUCUCUCCUAAUGUGAAUCUACUGAAAGACACCCGACUCUACUAGCAUGUGGAAACUGAGUAAAUGAAGACUUCCAAGUGACUGUCUUGUGAUUGGCUUGUCUGUUCUGAUUACUCUUGUUUUACUCAGUGCAUCCAGAUAGUUUUUGGUUUGUUCCUCCGAACUACUGACUGACUGACUGAUUGAUUGAUUGAUUGACAGGCUGCUGUAUUGCUGAAGAAUCCCAGGCAAGCACCACCCAUUGCUUUGUACAUUCUGUAAAUAGGUUUGUUUUUGCUUGUUAUAUACAAUGUGGGACUAAAAGCACUUUUUAUUGAUGAACCAAUUGAUUCGUCAGAUCUGUGGCCUUACCUCUAGAUCAGGGGUGGGUAAACCUCUUGGCUCGAGGUCCACAACGGGAUUUUGAAAUUCAAUGGAGGGCUGCACAUUUUUUUUUUUUUUUUCAUUUGUUUGUCAAAAUCAAUUUGCUGGCCAGAAAAAUGCCAUUUUAUUUCAAAAUAUAUUGGUCCAUUAUAUAUAGUUUUUUACUCAAACCUCCUGUGGGCUGGGAUUGAAUGGGCUCAUGGGAGCCGGAUCUGGCCCACGGGCCGUAGUUUGCCCAGCCCUACUAUAGAUCCUUUGGAGCCCCCCCCAGUUACCAAUGCUUGUUUAUUAUUAAGAACCUAUUUGUUUGUUUCUACACUGUUCUUUUCUUGCUGUCACUUUAUAGCACAGCCAAUUCUUAGUUAUAUAGAGGAAUUACUACUUGUGCAGCAUUGCAACUUUUUCUUGCCUUCUUUGGGCGCUAUUGUACUUUUUUGGAACAAAAACAACAUGAACAAGCUGUUUACAGAGGUCCUGCCUUCUCCGACUGAGUGAAAUAUUUACAUCAUGUAAGAUAAUGAUUUGAAUAGAUGUUUUGAACAACAUUUCCUUCAUCCAUGCAUGUGAUAUACAAUAUCAAGUGACUUCAUAUGAGCUGUGCUGUCUCGGGCAGGGCUUGUGUUCAGGCAGAACUGAUGUCUACUGGAUGUGGUUUUGUGAUGUUUUCGGUUCAUUGUGAAUGUGUUUUGAUUUUUAAAGGAUGCGUACAGUGCACUGUGUAUUAUGGCAGUAGAGAUUUCACCCCCUACCCCUAGUGUGCAGUUCUACAUGGAGUGUGUACAUAUUACAAACGAUUUAUAUGCUAUGGCUGGCUGAGCAUUAUAUUGGAAAUGUGAUCCUGAUUAUGCAUUAUAAUAGCUAUAGUGUUGAGAAGUUUAUGAAAGUCAGUCAUUUAAAUAUUUUGCCGACCAACUUCUCAAUGGCAAUUGAACUCAUGAUGGUGUUUGAAAAGCAAAGUGCAUCAUAUGGUGAUAUUAAAGGGUAUCUUUUAUGUUGUGAUGAAGUGGGGUGUGUUAUAUUAACUGUGAAAAUAAAGCUCUAGGCUGUUGAAGGGACGACGCUGAGUAUCAGAAUAGUUCACACAGGGUCAAGGAAUGGAUUGACUUGUGUUCAUUUACUCCUUUUGGUAUUUGUGUGCCUCAGAAGUCAACAUUAAAAUGCUUCUGAUACCAAAGUGA